CUGCGCGCCGCCGCCGGGAUAACGGCGGCAGAGCCGAGCGCCGCGGCUGCGGGAGCGCAGCGGGCAGAGCCGCUCCCCGGCCGGGACAGCCGAGCGCGGGCAUGCCCCGAGUGCGCUGCCCCGAGGGAGCCUUUCGCUUAGAACAUGAUCUUUUGGCACGGCGGGAGGCCGCGUCCGUAAAGAUCUAUAAAUAAACGAACUCGCAUCAUCCCGUAACCGCGGCUACCCCUACGGUGCGAGCCUGCUGCGCUGCCGGUGGGCACGGCGUUGGCUCGGCGAGUUGUGCUCAGGCGAUGUGCAGCCGUGGGAGGGAGGAGAAAGGAGGGCGGCGGUGCGCGCUGCUCUCUGCUUGAGGGCUUUGGGCCGAGGGACGGUGCUCGGCACGGCGGGAGGUGAACGGUGCGAGUGAUGCCGCGGGGUUGUUGCCCGGGGCUGGCGAUGCUCGGUGAGAUGGGAAGAGGAGCGAGCAAUGAUGCAGCAGAAUUUUCAGGUGGCACGAAGUUUUGUUUUUUUCGGCCUGAAGUUCUGCCCGCUCUUUGCCGGAGUUGAUGUCGGCAGAGGUUUGGCCCCCGGGAACGACAGAAAAAUGAAGGUUGAGGUCAGGGAAUAAAAGUCAGUGCUGAAAAUACGAAGCGUUUGUGGAGAGAAGUAGGGUGUAGGCUUCAAGCGUGCUGCGUUUAGCUCGGGAGUGUCCUGAGAGCGGGAGCAAUGCAAAUCUCUGCUCAUCUCUGCUCGGUGUGAAAGUGCGGGCAGAGUGGGUUUGGUUUCCUUGAGAACUGAAUAAACAAAACCAUUAUAGGCAUUAUAACGUUGCGUAGAUCCACAGCUGCUGUGUGGGUCUGUAGGUACGCCUGAAAUGCUUGUGGGCACCGUUGGUCACCCGGGAAAGGAUAACACAGAACUAAACGGAGAAAAUAAUUGGGACGUGGCAGAGCUUUCAUAACACUCAUUGGAUGGAAAACACUGGGCUGCAUCAUAGAAGUGUGACAGCAGUCUGUACAACGACGAGUAGCGCAGAGAGCCUUCAUCAGAGGCUCUGUUUUACUCGGUAGACCAGAAGCAAGAGGAGGGGGGAUGAGAUCUGGGCUCAUAACAGGAACUUAUGUCAGGAGUAGGCAGACUGGUGCUGCUGGUAGAAGUCGGGGAGCCCAGAGCCCAGGGGCACCCAGGGAAGCAGUGGGACAUUCUCUUUGCCUUGUAGGAUCUCCCUAAGCACCAUUCUAAGACUUUCACCCCUUGCGAAGAAUGUGUCAGUCCUGUUUCUUAUUGAAGAUAAAUUGUAACAGCUCAAAGGUGAAAAAAAGGGAUAGUCUGGUGACUGAGGGUUUGGUGGUGGCGCAACUUAGAUAAAGAACUUAAGUUCAUAUUGUUUCAAGCUUCUCACUUCAGGUGGCUUCAUGUCUUUCCCCUUGAAGCCUUUAUCAUCUGCAGCGGUGUGACCCAACCCUGCUCAACCUCAGGCCACAAGUAUUGUAGAGCCUGGUAGAGUAACGCAGGCUGUUCUCUUAGGGAUCCGUGUCCCAGCUGAUUUCCAGGGGAUGUUUGCUGGUUGGAUGUUAGGAAAGAUGUCUUUGCAGAAGGAGUGGUGAGGCAGUGGCCCAGGCUGCCCAGGGGGGUGGUGUGGAGUCACCGUCCUUGGAGGUGUUGAAGAACCGCGUGGAUGUGGCACCGAGGGACGUGGUCAGUGGGCAUGGUGUGAUGGGCUGAUGGUUGGACUGGAUGAUCUUAGCGGGCUUUUCCAAUCUUUAUGAUGCUAUGAAAUGAUUACGUGGUCCUUCUCCUUGGCUACCUGGGUGCCUGAACCCUUGGAAGCGUUGCUCCUUUCUUGGGUUGUUUGGAGUUGGCCCAGCGGCUCAGAAGUUACCGGCAGAAUUCCCAAACUUUCCUUUCCCUUGCUAAGGAAGUCUAUGGAAGCACUUCUCCAGUCUUCUGCUAAUUGAAACCACGGCACUGCACGAGCUGUUGAUUUGUGGGUUUGUUCCUUGUGUCUCUUACAAGGCAGCUCUCUCGCCUGGUAAAAGAGUGCGCUUUGUUUCUUGUCUGACUGGAGGGGGUGACGGAGUAAUGGGGAAGCUGUCAGCCCGGAGGAGACAAAUGAUUGGAUAAAUCCCUGAAGAACAUAUUAAUUUCCUGAGCGUGUCCACAUGCCGAAUUUUGUACUUUUCACUCCUCCUUUCCCCUCCCCACAUCUGGAAUGCAACAGAUGAGCUGGAUGAACUGCGGGCCGAAAUGGAAGAAAUGCGCGACAGUUAUUUGGAGGAAGAUGUUUACCAGCUGCAGGAGCUCCGGCGAGAGCUGGACCGGGCAAACAAGAAUUGCCGCAUUCUGCAAUAUCGUCUCAGGAAAGCAGAACAGAAAAGCCUGAAAGUUGCACAAACAGGCCAUGUGGAUGGAGAGCUCAUUAGGAGCUUGGAACAAGAUUUAAAGGUAGCCAAAGAUGUUUCUGUCAGACUGCACCAUGAACUGGAGAGUGUGGAGGAGAAACGUGUUAAAGCAGAAGAUGAGAAUGAAGUCCUGCGGCAACAAAUCAUCGAGGUGGAGGUAUCCAAGCAGACGCUGCAAAAUGAGCUGGACAAGCUAAAAGAGAGUUCCCUGAAGAGAAGAGGCAGCAGAGAAAUGCAUAAAGAAAAAAAAGCAUUUGCCCAGCAGAAUUGCAAAGUGGAGCUUCUUGGGAAGUACCAGGCACCAGGCAAAACACAGAGAAAAGUGGUUCUCCAGCGCAAGGAGGACAGUGCUGAUUUGAAGUGUCAGCUUCAGUUUGCCAAAGAGGAGGCAGCACUGAUGCGUAAGAAGAUGGCCAAGCUGGGGAGAGAGAAGGAUGAGCUGGAGCAGGAGCUCCAGAAAUACAAGUCCAUCUAUGGAGAUGUGGACAGUCCUCUGCCUACAGGAGAGGCUGGAGGCCCACCCAGUACCAGAGAGGCUGAGCUGAAGCUUCGGCUGAAGCUGGUGGAGGAGGAGGCCAACAUACUGGGCAGGAAAAUAGUGGAACUGGAGGUGGAGAACAGGGGGAUUAAAGCUGAGAUGGAGGAUAUGAGGUGCCAGUACGAGAAAGAGUGUCUCAGCAGGGACCACAUUUCAAGCAUUCCUACCUCACCCUAUGGCGACUCUGUGGAGUCGGCCACGGAGCUGCGCCGACACCUGCAGUUUGUGGAAGAGGAAGCAGAACUGCUGAGGCGGUCAAUCUCUGAAAUCGAGGAUCACAACAAACAGCUAACCAACGAGCUGAACAAAUUCAAGUUUGAGCCAGGCCAGGAGCCGGGCUGGCUGGAGGACUCAGCGUCCAAGUGCGGCGGGCCACUGCAGGAGGAACUGAAGUCUGCCAGGCUGCAGAUCAACGAGCUGAGCGGGAAAGUGAUGAAGCUGCAGUACGAGAACAGGGUCCUGAUGUCCAACGUGCAGCGGUACGACCUUGCCUCCCACCUGGGCCUGCGCACUUCCAGCCCCAGGGACAGCGAUGCUGACAGCGAUGCUGGGAAGAAGGAGAGCGACAGCGAAGAAGGUCGCCCACUCCAGCCAAAGAGAGAGGGGCCGAUCGGGGGCGAGAGUGACUCCGAGGAGAUUUAUGAGAAGACAUCAGGUUUUGGGAGUGGGAAGCCGUCAGAAGUCAGUGACCUGUGCUCCACUGACUUCAUGCGAGCGAAAGAGGACACCGAGUCUUUAAUUAACAUCAAACGUGAGGCUGAGCGCCUCGAAAGGACCGUAGAUCGUCUUAUCACUGACACAGACAGCUUGAUUUAUGAUGCAAAGGUGCAUAUAACCAGCAGCCCAUCCACUGAGCAGGAUUUCAAAAGUGAUGAGGGAAAGGGAGAAGAUAAGCAUGAACCGGAGCUUCUGGACACCAUCAACGCUAGGAUGAAAUCUUUCCGGAAAGAGCUACAGACCUUCCUGGAGAAGGUUGAUCACAUAGGGGAGGGCAUUAAGGAGCAGAUGGAAGACCUCUCACCUCUUCCCCAUCUCACAGAGUCUUCCAGUUUCCUAUCCACGAUGACGUCCAUGUCACGAGACUCUCCCAUUGGUAACCUGGGGAAGGAGUUAAUCACAGACUUCCAGUCCAAACUGAGGGAUCAGAAGGAGUGGCAGCUCAAACAAGAUCGUGGAGAGGAGCGAGAGAUUCACCACCAGCGAGCCACCACCGACCCACACCGCAGAGCUGAUGGAGACAUAAAACUCUACAGGCCAGGAGACAAGGGCUGUUUCAGUCUAGAGAGUGUAUCGAUACAGGAGCUUCAGGCUCAGCUUGAGCAGGAGACAAGACUUCACCAGGAGGAGCAAGAAAAGUUUACAGAAAAGAUCAUUCAGCUGGAAGAGGAGCAUAUGCAGACCUUGAGGAGGAAAGACUUGGAAGUGCAGAGCUUGACUUUGCAGAACAAACUGGAAGAAAAGACUUGGAGCCAGGAGAAGAGUUUGCUGCAGCAAGAACUCAGGCAUUUCAAGCAGGACACCUUCCUUGUAUAUGUCAAACUGAAGUGGCUGCUGAAACACUGGCGGCAAGGCAAGCGGAUGGAGGAUGAUGGGGAGGACAUACUAGAGACUGAGCAUCUUGAAGCCCUCCCUGAAUUUGGCAUUCAGUCUGAGCAGAAGGCGGAUGAUGCAGAGCGAGAGGAGGAGGAAGAGGAUGUUGUGUUUGCACUGACAGAUUUCUCCCAGCGUCCCACUGGGGAGAGUGCGGAUCACAGACCACAGCUGCAGACUGCAGAGUUACUGCAGCAGCAGAAGCAGGCGACUGAGAAUCGGAAGCUGCUGAGCGCUGUGAAGGGCCUGCUGGAUGACUUCCGCUCAGAGCUGCGGGACGAUGAGCGCGAGCGCCAUGGGCUCCAGCAGCAGUAUGCCCUGGACAAGGCAGCCUGGGAGGUGGAAAUGACUGAGCUGAAGUGCCACCUGGAACAGCUGGAAGGGAAGAAUGAGAACAGCUUAGGAGAAACAGGCGUCACUUCUGAUGCAAAGGGAGCUUUUAAACGGGAAAGAGAGGAGCAUAAGAAGCUUCUGGCUGAGACUCACGGUGUGGUGAUGGACCUCCGCUGGCAAAUCCAGCACAGUGAGAAGAACUGGAACAGAGAAAAGGUGGAACUCCUGGACAGGCUUGAUAGAGACCGGCGAGAAUGGGAACGCCAAAAGAAAGAGCUGCUCAGGCGGAUAGAUCAGCUUCAGAAAGAAGUGAGCCCACGAAGAGGAGGGGGCUUUCUAUGUGACCAGAAGGAGAGUAGCCUUCGUCCAUUUACAACCCAGGGGAACCUUCACAUGCCCCGUCCAAUGGGGUCAAGAUCCUACUCUGACUCAGAUGCCAUUCAGUUUGAUGACCGGUCGCUGUCCAAGCUGAAGGAGAGCGAUCGGUGCAGCGCCACAGAGAACCUCUUCCUGGAGUCACUGUCUCUUGAUUCCCCCGAUGAGUCGGAGGAACAUCGCUCCCGGCAGCUGGAGCGAGAGAAGUUCGUGACUGGAUUAACAGAAGAGGAAGAAACACACAAAGGAAAUCUUCAAAGGGCGAUGUCUGUUUCUUCCAUGUCAGAAUUCCAGCGCUUAAUGGAUAUUUCUCCAUUUCUACCAGAAAAAAACUUGCCUUUAUCCAGCAGCAAAGAUGACAUAACCCCUCCUUUGUCUCCUGAUGAUCUGAAAUACAUCGAGGAGUUCAACAAAAACUGGGAUUACAGUAGCACCAGGAAUCAUGGGGGGGCCACCGAGAAGCCUGCAGAAGGGUGGAUAGAAAGGACAGAAUCUGGGAAAGCUGGGAAUGAUCCUGCUCCAGAUCCCUUCCAGGCCUCAUCGUGGUACCUCACCACCAGCGUCACAAUGACAACCAACACCAUGACCAGCCCGGAGCACUGCCAGAAGCAGCCCAUGAGGAGUCACGGUGUAACUGAAAAAAUGGGAGUUCGGAUCUUCCACAGCCCACCAGUGGUCCGUAGGUUUGAUAACUCAGUGAUAGCUGGCAGUGAAGGGAAAAACCAAGUGGAGCCAGAUUUCCUGUUUUCUAUGACCAAAGCUAUGGGGAAUGUUGCUGAGACAAAAGGUCCUUCCUCCGAUAUGUUUGGAAGAUGGUCUUGUGACCUGACCAAACACCAUAAGGAUUUUCUGGAGAAUGGUCUUCAUCCCAUUGAACGUCCUAUUUGCACUACUGUGGGCUUUGCCUCACCCUUGCACAGCUUGGAGAUGUCCAAAAACAUGAGCGAUGAUAUGAAGGAGGUCGCUUUCUCUGUCCGAAAUGCGAUACGCUCUAACUCUAAUUCAGGAGAGCCUCAGUUUAAGGACACUGCGUGUCAAACCAAUGGUAUGAGAACAACAGGGACACAGACCACCCAGACCAUCAGUGUUGGCUUGCAGACAGAAACCCUGCGCAGUAUCACCAGCAGUCCACACAAGUGUCUGACACCAAAGGGGGGUUCCACGCCUGUCUCUUCACCAUCCAGAAGUCUGAGAAGCAGGCAAGUGACCCCUGUCAUUGAAAAGGUCCAGGCUAAGUUUGAACGCACAUGCUGCUCCCCCAAAUAUGGCUCUCCAAAGCUGCAAAGAAAAAUCCUUCCCAAAUCAGACCAGCCAAAUAACAGGACUUUGCCUGGCACACCUCAGAAAGGAUUCAGUGAAUCUGCUUGGGCUAGAUCAACUACUACAAGGGAGAGUCCUGUCCAUACCACCAUCAAUGAUGGCCUCUCCAGUUUGUUCAACAUCAUUGACCAUAGCCCCAUCUUUCAUGAGACCUUCCAAAAAUGCCCCAGGUCUAGCAGCCGAUCCAGGUCAGCAGAACCCAGACCAGAGCUGGGCCCGGUGCAGGACCCAUGUACUAAUGCCCGUGGCAGAUCACCCAGUCCUCUCCGUUUGGGUACAGAGACACAAAAGGAAGAUGGGACUGAGGUGACAAGUAUCAGGCAGGACUUAUCUGCUCCUCCAGGGUAUACACUUACAGAAAAUGCUGCCAGGAUCUUGAAUAAGAAACUUUUGGAGCAUGCCUUAAAGGAAGAGAGAAGGCUACCUUCACACAGCCCACCAAAUCUUAGCAAUGACAACAGCACAGGAGAAAUUGUCAAAGUAGAUCCAGGGUCCAUAGAGGAACUGCCUUGUUCUGCACUAGCCCCGUCCCUUGAACCCUGCUUCUCCCGGCCAGAGAGACCAGCGAACCGGCGCCCACCGUCCCGAUGGGCUUCACAUUCCCCUACUGCCUCACAGUCACAGUCAACCGGAGACCUGACUUCCUCGAAGGAAAGCAGAGGCAAGGAGCCGCCAGCGGAGGCCGUGAGCCAGGGAGAUCAGUCAGCGUGAGCGGCUGCGGGCACCGCGCCGGGGCUGGCCUCUGCAGGGGGCCCGAUGGAGAAGUCCCGUAGUGGAGGUCAAAGAAUGUUCUCAAAUGCAGCUGCUGAAUGUCCGACCCGCGAAACCGAGGUGUUUCUAGAAUGAAACAGUUAAUGUGCCUGUAAUAACUUAAUUUUUUUUCAUAGCUGAGAAAACUAUUUUUGUCUCCAUCUUUUCUACAUACAGUAUAUUAACAAAAAAAUAAAAAAUAAAAAAAGGUAAUAAUGAUAUAAAGUAAGAUUUAAAAUGAAAUGUAAAUUAAGUUUUAAGGGAAUUUGAAUACAUGCUCACGCUCUCUCCAAAUACUGACUGCCUUUCGGUUAUAUUUGCACUGUUAUUUUUUCAGUUUCAGUUUGGGUUUUUUGGGUUGGUUUUGUGUUUUUUUUUGUUUUGUUUUGUUUUUUUGUCAUGUAAAACUAGAGUCUUAAGUUAAUUUUAUUCUAUUUUAAUGUCAGUGUUAUCAGUUUUUAAAUGUAAGUUUCUUAAAGGUGCUUCGACUGUCUGAAGCAAUACCUUUUAAGUAGUGACGAAAGCCAUUAAGCUAGUUCACUAGGAUUGUCUUAGCUGAAAUGGAGGGGAAUACAGGUAAACACAAGAAAAAGUGUAAAAAAAGAAUGCCUCAGAAAGUCGUAUGGCGCUAGCUGUAAAAUACACCUACGAUACUUGACUUGCAUGCCUCUGGGUCCUCGCACUUUAGUGCAUGUACAUACUGCUACUGUACUUCUGCCGUCACAUCAACGUGAGUCCAUCUGUUCCACUGUAAUAAUGUCGUGAAUUUACCUGUACUGUACUUUUAUUGUUGGUAUUCUUGCAUUGACUAUACAAAAGGAGUUUUUAAAUUAUUAUUAGCAGUUCAACUGGCUAUGUACAGUGUUUACUGAGAACUUCUUUCAUUUUGGGAAAACCAUUGAGAACUCUGGGCAUACCGACUCGUAACUGGCCUUGUUUAGGAGUCUGUCGGAGACCAUGUGAAGUGGAAAUAAAACCCUCAGUAUUUACAA